GAUUAGGAUAAACUAUAAACUCUGACCGCAUUCGUCAUCGUUAAUUUUCAUGUACCUACUAGAGCUAGCUAUGGUCAUUAGGUAGGUGGUACCCAUCUUUUUUACGUUUAGUAAGGAACUACGUCUAUCACUUACAUGUUUGGAGGCCAUUGAUCUUUAAUGAGGUACCUUUUAAGUAACACUGAUUCUCUUUCAUUGACCGACCGCCUAAAAGAAAGUGAUACACACUUGUUCACCCUAACCCACCUAUUAUUUUGAUCUCCAAGCCUUCUGUUCUUCCCCGGUCUAUCUAUAUUAUUGCUACUCCUUGCACAAUUUUUUUUCUCUUGCCUAGACCUUUUCUAACCUUAUCCCCGGAACCUCGGAACCUCUGGAUAGGUAGCCAGCUCUCCAUCUCAAAAACUCUACUCAACUCACACCACAACACGACACACCAUACCUCACACUUCUCACCUUUCCCGGCCCAUCAUCUCACAACGUACUACUACUACUGCUACUGCUCCGUAUAACUGCCAUUUGAUCGUACAAGUUAAGCAAACACACCGCCAUCAUGGGCGCCAAAACGGGUCUCGCGCUCAAAGUAGUGCAAUGGUUCAUCCGCGGCGUACAGUUCUGCUGCAGCGCUCUCAUCCUCGCGCUCUUCUCGUACUUCCUCGCGGUGCUUGCUAACCGUAACCUGCCCAUACCGACGUGGACGCGCGCCGUUGAGGGUAUUUCGGGAAUCGGUGUGCUGUAUACUAUUCUUGGUCUGCUGCUCCUGUGCUGUUUGGCUGGUCACCCUUUCACCUCUUUCAUCGCCAUCGUCUUGGAUAUCUGCUUCGUCGGAUCUUACAUCUACGUUGCUAGCGCCACUCGUGGAGGAGCCAGCAGCUGCACCGGCACCGUCGAUACGCCUUUCGGCACCGGUCUCGCUGAUGACUUGAUCAACAACCAGAACCCUAGCUACAGAGUCGUGUGCAAGAUGGAAACAGCUUGCUUCGCUGUCUCAAUUGUAGCAAUUGUCUUCUUCAUCUUCUCUGCACUCCUUGAGGUUGUCCUCGUCCGCCACCGACGUAAGGAGCACCGUUUUGGCCCUAGUCCGGCCAACAACUACACGUCAGGCUACGGCAACCGUCGAGGUCUAUUCGGACUCUUCCGCAGAAAAAAGACUGUAGAAAGCACAAAUCCUAACAUCUUGCCUGAGCACACCCACCCGGACCAGAUGCGCCCGAGCUACAACACCGAGACUACGGCUAUCGGUCAUGAAAAUGGUGCGCACAAUAACAAAUACCAGUACGACGGCCAAGUUGCUUACCCCGAGACCGGUACCGCAACAGCACAUACUACUCCGGCCGGUUACCGCUACUAGGCGAACGCAGUUCUUCCGAAAAGGGGGAGCUAUUGAUGAAAAUUGAGGGUAUGGUACCCUUCUAAGGGGAAAUAUAUUUAUGAACUGGGAGUGAUACCCUGCACGGGAUUGGCAUUGGAAAUGUUAUCGCUCGCUGCUUUAUAUGAAUUCUGAUGAAAAUUGCUAAGCAUGGCUAGGACUUACGGGCUGAGUCGUAAUUAACGGUGUCGAGUUCCUUGGUCGUCUACUAUAAACGCAUGUAACUGUAACGUAAGGACUCUUAAGCUAGCAUUAAUACUGCUUAACUGGUAUGAAUAUAAUAGAACGAAGUCAAAUAAGAAAU